GAUCAAAAGAGUACUACGGUUUCAAGUCCUAAGCCUCGCUCAUUUCCCAACUACUGGAAACCGAAACGUAUCGACCAGAAAAAAUUUUGGUUCUUCACGGUGCCAGUUGCUGAAGAAGCAUGCGAGGACAAUGAAGAGCAAGAUGGGGAUGCAAAGGCAGUUCCGAAACGAGCUCCCCUAGAACAUGCUCACGUAGAAAUGGAGCAAAUCAAUUUUACUCUUGAGGCUGGAGAUAGUUCUGUCCCGGUACCUCUUCUCUUCAUGCAAAUAUUGAUGAAUGCGGAGGCUUCAGGCUGGUCAUCCGCUUUGCAAGCUUCUGCCGACCUCUCGCUUCAAAUGUCCUAUUAUAACGAAGCCUUAAGCGUCUGGGAACCAGUCAUAGAGCCGGUAGAGGUUAGCACAGACAACUGGUCUCCCUGGAAUCUUAAGAUGACGGUAAAAGGACGUAACAAGAUGGAUCCUCUGGACACCAGACCUGGUAUGGAUAUAAAGAUCGAAGCAGACGAUAUACUGAACCUUACCGUUACAAAGUCAUUUCUCAGCUUGUUGAACAAAGUCUCUGAGACCUUUGCUCAUGCUGCAAAUCAGAUCAGCCCCCCAACCACUCGCCAGCUUCCUGGAAGCUCUGCUUUCCUUGUUCUCAAUGAGACUGGUAUAAUCAUUAAGUUGACCGAUACUGAUACUUUGCAGGUGAGCGAGAAUGGAGAAGAGCUAGAAGCACCUCAUGGUCGAUUCAUAGAUUUGCGGAUGAACAAGGAAGCAGCUGCGAUGGCUGCAGAGUCGCAAGACAAGGAACGCCUUAGUAGCAACCAGGUGGAGCUAGGUGCGGAUCUGCGCAUAAAUCUUUUGGACACGGUUCGAAAUUUGAAAAUUGGUCGUGCGGGUAAGGUCGCUAUCCCUUUGCCGAAAAAGAGCGAUGGUGGAAAGCAGUGGAAGAUCAUUGCCGAUACGAGUAUUGAGAACGGCCGUCGUCUGAUAACCUUUACGUCUCAUGUUAAUGUGACAAAUCAUUUGGACGUCCCCAUGGAACUCUACUCGAAAAACAACACCAACUUAGAUUUGUUUGGAACUGUGGCUCCAGGAGAAACUUUGAAUUUGGUAGUUCCAUUGCUUUUCUCAGCCACUGGGGAGAUCUACUUCAGGCCUGCUAAUGAUAAAUGUGAAGUCAGUUUUGAGUCGGUGACAUGGCAUCAAUUUUCCCAUCAAAUGCGACAAGUCAUCCGAUGUGAUUUGAGCGAGGACACUACUCAAGGCUACUUUUUUGAAGCGGUUGUUUUGGAGGAGAAAGUUCGCGAAGGUGUGGAUAAGGAAACGGAGGUUUACUCGCUUCACUUGUACCCUCCCCUACAAUUUCACAACAUUCUUCCAUUCCCCAUUACAUUUGAAAUACCAGUGGCUAUGGAUCUACUGCAGGGCGAAAGCAUCCAACUGAACAUGGUACCAGGUCAUCGCAUGCGGUUAUGGGCUUCAUACUUGGGAGAAAUGUACUCACUGGAUAUGACAAUUCCUGAAGAAAAGCAAGAUCUCCAAGUGGUUGCGUUGAAUACAGACACCGGUUCUUCUGAGUUGCUUUUGGGUAUCCAUUGGAGCACUGAACACGGAGAUCUGAAAGCAUACCUAUACGCGCCAUUCUGGCUCGUCAAUAACACUUCAAUGACAUUGAAGCACAUGGAGUCUGAAUAUGCUGUGAAACACCUUCCAGAUGAUAAUCCACUGAUUCUACCUUUCCCGAGUACAGAUUUUACCAGAAAGAAGAAGUCUCGAGUGCUGGUGGAUGAGGCCGGUGCGUGGUCAGAAGAGUUCCCUCUUGAUACCGUUGGAAACCCGGCUCGUAUUACUUGCAAAGGAAAAGACAGAGACUUUGAGCUUACUGUGGAUAUCAAGCUUUGCCAAUCUGGUUUGACAAAAAUAGUUACUUUCUGCCCGUUCUAUCUGGUCUCCAAUCUUGGAAAAUGGGACAUGCAAGUCAGGGAAGAUGGGCAGUCAACAUGGGUAGAUGUACCAGCAGAAAAGGUUCCUGUGAAUUUUGGACAGAGAGGACACACCAUGGAACCACUGCCCAGCAAUGAAAUGGCUUUUUUCACUUGGGACAGCGUCACCGAGGAUAGGAUAAUGCAUGUUGGUGUUUAA